AUGUGUUCAGACAGGCAGCUCUCAGAUGAGAUCUACAGUGAGGUGUAUUUAGAAUACAAUAUACAAUAGAAAUCUCAAAUCAGAAAUAAUUUAUUUUCCUAGGAGAUUUAAUCGCAUUUGUUUUUGUAAGGAUGGAUAUGGUGGCUGUUAUUAUGAUCAUUUUUACAAGCAAAUUCUUCACAUCUCAGGGGCAAGACUGUUGGUGUGGACAGGAGCUACAAAACACUCUUCGUCAAGUCCAAAAGCUUCUGUCCGCUCACGAGACAUCAUUUCAGCAGAAUUUACGGAGCGUCCGCAAGAAACUCAGUCUGUUACAGAACAACACAGUUAAACACAGCAAACUCAACACAGGCAAGAAAAGCACAGGCUGCCCUUCUCCAGAGCCGUUGGCUAAUGGGCGGAUCCUGGGGCGGGUGUUUAAAGUGGGCCAUGAGAUCCACUUCCUGUGUAGCCCUGGGUUUCAGCUGAUGGGGUUAGAAACCAGACGCUGCCUGGACAUCCAGACGUGGAGUGGAACGCAACCGUCCUGCAAGUUUAGAGAUGGCACUGAAUACAACAAUGCAUCUGUUGCUGCAUCAGCAUCCUCUUCCUCAUUUUCCUCUCAGCCUCCCACCACCACACGACCGUCCCGCUGCAUUGAGUUUCUGGGCUCUACUCACUGCACCUGUGAAGAGGGCUACAGCAUCUCCAGACAGGACACUAAACUGUGCACAGACCUUGACGAAUGUGAGCUGUACCGUCGAACUCAACCUGGUCGUCUGUGUUUGAACACCUGUGUGAAUACAGCCGGCAGCUUCUUCUGUCAGUGUCCGUCAGGCUACAACCUCGCUCGAGAUAGCAGGAGCUGCCAUGACAUCGACGAGUGCGUGCGAGGAGCUCAUAACUGCAGCCGUGAGCAGGUGUGUGUGAACACGCACGGAGGUCAUCGCUGCGUGGAGGUGGGGUGCCCUCGCUUUCGUAACGCCACAUACAUCAAAACCUCGGCGCUACGCUGUGACCGUAACCCGUGCCUUCAAGAGGACAAAACGUGUCUCCACGCACCGCUCUCCGUUAACUUCCAUUUCAUGUCCGUGGUGUCCAACAUUUCAACCCCCACCGUCCUCUUUCGGCUGUCGGCGGCACGGGUCCUGGGUGACACCCUGCGGUUCGGUUUGAUGGGGAACCGAGGUGUCCAGCACUUUACCAUCAAGCGCUCGGGAAGGCAGACGGGACAGCUGGUGCUGGUCAACUCCGUCCAGGGCCCUGCCACGUUUCAGGCCGAUAUAGAGAUGAGCGAGCUGGAAAAGAAGGUCCUGCUCGGCCGCUACGUGACAAAGGUCACUCUCUUUGUGUCCCCGUAUAACUUUUAAAAGGCAGAGGCGGCGGACGGACAAUAGUGUGAAAUAAUUUACUGGCGAGACAUUGGCGCCCGGGCCUGUGGGGGUUGAGAUAGGAGAGCUAUUAUACUCAUUCUGAGGUGCCAGUUUAACAGCACAAAAGACGGUUUUGUUGCAAGCUGAAAGUAAUUUCUUUCUUCGGUGUAGAUUAAGGGAAAAAACUGAUUUUGAUGUCUCCCACUUCCUGCAAAGCAUUUAGCGACUGUUAAAAUGAAGUUUAAAUGUUUUAAAAUGCAGAAGUUUACCACGAUGUAAAAGCAUUGAAAAAGUUUUCUAGGUCAGUAAAGGUAAGGUCCGAUAAUACUAUUUUGGUUUAAAGCACAUGACACAUUCCUAAUGUCAGAAAUGCAUUGUGGUUUCAAAGCAAAGUUUUGAUUUAAUAACUAAACGUACACCAAUGACUUAUCUGUUACUAAUAUUUCAUAGUAUAGCUGAUGUUUACCACAGUCUAAUUCCUUUUUGGAGGGCUUUUAACACCAUAACGUGAAAUGAGGCACGAACACACUAUAAAGUGAGUGAGCAUGAGCAAAGAUGGCAGAUUUCAAGGGCGAAUGGAAGUGAGCGUCACUGUGCACCGCUCACUUCAAAGGGCAGAGAUGUGGUUGACCGGACUGCAUUUAGAAGAUCAUUCCACAGGCAAGCACUAGUGAAGGUGAAUGAGUGGGCAGUGAUUUCUCAUUCUAACACACAUUUCCAGGUCCUAUAGACCUUGGUUACACCAAACUGAUUUGACACACAAGUGUUUAUGUAUGUCACUACUUAAAGAUUAAUAAAGAAGUAUGCCUUUUGUUUAAUGACUUUAUCAAUAUUUUAAGAUUUUGAAACCAUUUUCUUUGA